AACUCGUUAGUUUGUGUCUGGGCGCUCCCGCGGCCGCGCGCUCAGUGACGUCAGAGCGGCAGCAGUGAGACAGAGCCGGAGAUAGCGGGACAGAUCUGAAGGGACUGACAGAGACAUUCGCCGCCCGUUCGCUGGCGCUGUCACCGGCACACUGGGACUCAUCUCCAUCCGUCCUGUUCCAGCCGUAACCAGGAAACAAACCCGCCGCCGGGAGAAGGACCCGGGACCCCCUCCGCCCGCUCCCGCCGGACCCGGGACUCCCCCCCCGAGCAGUCAUGGGCUGCACACUGAGCGCGGAGGAAAGAGCAGCGCUGGAGAGGAGCAAACAGAUCGAGAAGAACCUUAAGGAGGAUGGAGUCACCGCUGCCAAGGAUGUCAAACUGCUGCUGCUAGGGGCUGGGGAAUCUGGGAAAAGCACCAUUGUGAAGCAGAUGAAAAUUAUCCAUGAAGAUGGAUUCUCAGGAGAGGAUGUCAAGCAGUACAAACCUGUGGUUUACAGUAACACAAUCCAGUCUCUGGCAGCCAUUGUCCGUGCCAUGGACACUCUGGGCAUUGAGUAUGGUGACAAAGAAAGAAGGCACUGCGCUCGAAAAUACAGUAAAGGGGAAGUUCUGUAUGUGGCCGAUGCCAAGAUGGUGUGUGAUGUCGUGAGCCGCAUGGAAGAUACAGAGCCUUACUCUCCUGAGCUACUAUCUGCCAUGGUGAGACUUUGGGCAGACUCCGGAAUUCAGGAAUGCUUCAACCGAUCCAGGGAAUACCAACUUAAUGACUCCGCUAAAUACUACCUAGACAGUUUAGAUCGUAUCGGAGCCCCUGAUUAUCAGCCUACAGAACAGGAUAUCCUGAGAACCAGAGUGAAGACCACUGGAAUUGUAGAAACUCACUUCACCUUCAAAAACCUUCACUUCAGGCUGUUUGAUGUUGGGGGGCAGCGAUCAGAACGUAAGAAGUGGAUUCACUGUUUUGAGGAUGUCACAGCUAUCAUUUUCUGUGUGGCACUUAGUGGGUACGACCAGGUCCUUCAUGAAGAUGAAACAACGAACCGGAUGCACGAGUCUCUUAUGCUCUUUGACUCCAUCUGUAACAACAAGUUCUUCAUUGACACAUCAAUCAUUCUCUUCCUCAACAAGAAGGACCUGUUUGCUGAGAAGAUCAAGAAAUCGCCUCUGUCCAUUUGCUUUCCAGAGUACACAGGUCCCAACACUUAUGAAGAUGCUGCUGCUUAUAUCCAAGCACAAUUUGAAAGCAAGAACCGCUCUCCCAAUAAGGAGAUUUAUUGUCACAUGACUUGCGCCACAGAUACGAAUAACAUCCAGGUGGUAUUCGACGCCGUCACUGACAUCAUCAUUGCCAACAACCUCAGAGGCUGCGGCUUGUACUGAUUUUUCUCUGUUUAGCAAUCUAUCUGCUGGCGAUAAAAAAAAAUGCAACUUGGUAAACAGAAGGCAAAACAAAAAUAAACAUAUAUAUAUAUAUAUAUAUAUAUAUAUAUAUAUAUAUAUAUAUAUAUAUAUAUAUAUAUAUAUAACUAAUCUUUUUAGUUAGUCUCAAAGAGCUGUCAACAGAAUAGAUUCCUGACGGCCCUUAUCCAAAAGAAUAGUUUCCUAAUUUUAAAGGAUUAUCGUUUGGUCCUAAUCUUCUUAACACUUUCAGUGCUGGAAUCUUUGGAACUCGUGUAACCCAUGACUGUUCUUUCCAGGACUGAAAGAUAGUGUAGGACUUCUUUGAUAAAGGGAAUAUAAUAUAUUUUAAUCUUUUAAGAUAUGUGUGUUGUGAUCUGUUUCACACAAGCAGGAUCCAAAACCAAUGUUCAGGUUUAUCUCUUCUGUUCAGCUCUUAAAAAAAAAAAAAAAAAAAAAAAAUUCCCCUCCAAUUUCCUAACCAGGUAGAAGUGUUUGUGAGACUCGCGGAACAAUGUGCUCAGCUUUUGUUGGUGCUGUUGCUGUAAGAGGGUCUGAGAGGGAUUAUGGGAGGCCCAGCUAGUCUGAACAACACAACGUAGUGGGUCCCUGUUUUAUGGGAAAAAAGGUAUCCGUGCCAACCCAAACUGCAGAGCAGGGGCACAGUCUACAGUUUUUAGCGGGUUUCAUACCCUGCUGUCCCUUCUUACUCUGCACUACUUAACGGACCCUCAAAUUGAUGAUCUGCGGGUAGCAUGACCUUUGGCCUUUGUAAAAACACAGCCUUCCUUAAAGUUGAUGUGUAACGUUAUCACUGGAUUAGUGGCUGCAUAGGAUGCUGUAAAUCUGGUUUAGCUAAGUCUGUACAUUUAGAAGAAACAAAACUGUUCUUUUUUUCCCCACGUGCUUGUAGCUUAAAGACACCUCCCUUAUUCUUAUUAUUAUUAUUACUACUACCAUUUUCUUGCACCAACUGUAAAGAAGCAUCUCCUUUAUCCUUUCCAACCCCCAUCACUGCCAGAGAAGCCAAAAAAUGGCCUCCAGCAAAGAAAUGGGUUUAUAGAAAUCUGUUUUUUUGGGGGGGGGGGGUUGAUUGGGGUUAUUUCUGUUGGACUUUUAAGCCCUAAGUGGAAUAAAAUAAUUAUUCGAAUGAAAAAAAAAAAAAAAGGAUUUUCCAAGAUAUUUAAUGUACAGAUCUGAUUAGGUUCCCAUACUCUGAACUGUGUACCAUGCACUCUUUGGACUCUUUUAGAAAAAGCACAGCUCUCACUGACCUCCAGCUGCUGAAAUAACUCCCCCUCUUCAAUUUUUUUGCUCUGAAUUUCCUGUAUUUCCAAACUGAUAGGCUUCUUUACUUUCAAUCUCGUUUUACUUUUCCUAAGUGAAUGCUUUGUGCUGCUUCUCGCCCCUCCCUUUCCUUCCCAUCUUAUAGUGAAUGGUGUUUUCCUCUCAUGUGGGAUGUUUGUGCUGAGAAAAAAAAAAACAAAAUAAAUCAAAAAAUAAAAAAAAAUGAAAAAGCAAAACAAAAAAAAACUAAUUUAAUCGAAUGUAGUGUUUACAUUAAAUCCACAAUUUUCAUGACCAAACCUUUGCCAUUUCUACUUUGAUUAGAACUCGUACUUCUUCACCAUUUCACUUGCAAACUGAAGAAGAACGGUCACAAAUGUUAAAGAAAAAAAAAUUUAAAAAUCAAUCAAUAAAUGAGCGAGAAAUGAAGCUGGAGUGUGUUCUUUGUAUUGCCGAAUGCUCAGUUUGGUGCUGCCAGCGACUCUCGUAACCAAUGGAAACUCAUGUGUAGCUUAAUAAAGAGAAUGUUUGUCUGUA